GUUACACUCAGCAAUACCGCCAAAUGAACGCACUGCUCAGAAACAUUCCCGCGUCCCAGUUUAGCAUUGUGGGAUUCCCCAGUAACCAAUUCGGACAUCAGGAACCGGGAGACAACGCCACAGAGAUACUUAACGGUUUACGCUACGUUCGACCAGGGGGAGGGUUCGAACCCCACCCGGACAUGCACAUGAUGCUUAAGUGUGAUGUGAACGGACCAGAUGAGAUUCCUCUCUACGCGUACCUCAAGGCAUCAUGCCCCCAACCUAGAACCGCGGAAUUCCACCCGCGCGAAAACUUCUGGGAACCAAUCAAGGCCUCGGACGUCGAGUGGAACUUUGAGAAAUUCCUCGUUUCACCAGACGGGGUACCUCUGUUCAGGUUCCGGGCCAUGGUGGAACCCAUUGACCUCAAGAAGUUGUUCAUCGCUCUUCUGUCUCCAGUGGAAGACUUAGCGGCCCAGAGACGAGAAGUGGGGAAGAUCCUAAAGGAUCUGGACGGUGAGAUCAAGAAGAGGGAGGAGGCUGCUGACGAAGAGUCUUAGAGAUCGGGAGACUUUCUUUCUUCUUCUUCUUCUUCUUCUUCUUCUUCUUCUUCUUCUUCUUCUUCUUCUUCUUCUUCU